AUCCGCGCCCACUGGGGAGAAAGAGGGGUUACGGGAAGGACGAUGGGCUAUGUAGUGAGCGGAGAGGGAGGUUCAUCUAGAAGGCGACUGGGUUCUCUUUGUCUUGGUGUUAUUAUUUGACUCCUGUAUGCGGUGUUGCACGUGGUGGUUUCAAAGUGAUGUGAGCGAAGGGUAGGUUUCUGCCCCGAGGUGCUUACCAUUUACUGAACGCCCUAUGGUGGAGAGAAGGCCACCUCCGGGUCCCAGUUCUGAGCCUUCACCCAACUAGCCUGGCACCGAGAUGACCCUCUUCCAUUUUGGGAAUUGCUUCGCCCUGGCCUACUUCCCGUAUUUCAUCACCUACAAAUGCAGUGGCCUGUCAGAAUAUAAUGCCUUCUGGAGAUGUGUCCAGGCUGGAGCCACCUAUCUCUUUGUUCAACUCUGUAAGAUGCUGUUUUUAGCAACAUUCUUUCCCACCUGGGAGGGUGGUGCAGGUGCUUAUGACUUUGUUGGAGAGUUCAUGAAAGCCACCGUGGACUUGGCUGAUCUGGUCGGAUUGCACCUGGUCAUGUCCCGGAACGCAGGGAAAGGGGAGUACAAGAUCAUGGUGGCUGCCAUGGGAUGGGCCACGGCUGAACUCAUCAUGUCCAGGUGUAUCCCCUUGUGGGUGGGAGCUCGAGGCAUUGAGUUUGACUGGAAAUACAUUCAGAUGAGUAUUGACUCCAACAUCAGUCUGGUCCACUAUAUUGCCAUGGCUGCUCUCGUGUGGAUGUUUACACGCUACGACUUACCCAAACACUACCGGCUACCCCUCACUUUCCUCCUGGGAGUCAGUGUCUACAAAGCCUUCUUCAUGGAGUCUUUUGUUCAUAUCUUUUUCCUGGGCAGCUGGACAGCCCUCCUGGUUAAAGCGGUGAUCACCGGCCUCCUUUCCCUCAGCUCCUUGACCCUCUUUGUCAGCUUGGUGCAUAGCAGCUGAGGGCCUCCCUCUUUUCCUGCCAGGGAAAGCUGCAAACUCUGCAUUCCUGGUUCGUUUGUUGCCGUGACACACAACACACGGUUUGGUCUUCGCUGCUGUGAGAUCAGAAGCUGUAUUCUCAAGCGGCAGAGAUAAUAACAACAAUAAAAGUAUUCUUGUGGGUUUUUUUA